ACUCCGGCCAACACUCCGGCUUACACGCCCUCGAGCCCCGCUGCUGGCGUCUCCUCGGUCGCCGACCUGGGCUCCACCCCGGCGUACACGCCCGCCAACACCCCCACCAGCGUCGCUGUUGACACGCCCGUCUACACUCCCGUGAACACUCCCGUCAACACUCCCAGCAGCGUUGCCGUCGACACCCCGGUGUACACUCCCGUGAACACUCCGGCCUCGACCCCGCUAUCUGACGUUGAUGGCCUCGGCUCUACUACUCCUGUUCCCUCUUCCCCGGCGGCCUCUACCCCCGCUGUCGGCCCCGUUGCUUCCACCCCGGUUGCGUCUUCCCCUACCAACAUGCACACCGCGACUGAGUACAUCAACCACACGCCGACUCCUGUCGCCGGUGACAGCACCUUCUACAAGACCAACCUCCACACUUCCACCCAGAUGAUCGACCACAGUGCGACCGCCACCGCUUCUCCCUCUAGCGGCCAGUCCGAGGGCCUCCUCGGUGGUCUCGUCGAAGGUCUUGGUGAGCUCGUGACCGGUGUGGCCACCUUCAUCGAGGGUGAGGUUGAGACUGGCGCUUGCUCCUUCCAGAACUACACUCUGCCCUCGUCGCUCUUCGGCACGGCUAUCUCGCCCCAGAGCUGGGACACUGCGUCCAACUGCGGUUCUUGCGUCAAUGUCAAGGGUCCCAAGGGCAAGUCUAUCAAGGCCAUGGUCGUCGACAAGGGCGAGUCCGACUGCCCGGCCGACAACCUCAACCUGUUCAAGGACGCGUUCGAGGAGCUGGCUGACCUUGCCAUUGGCUCUGUCGACAUUGAGUGGGAGUACACGGACUGCGGCUUCGACUCGCCGCUGAAGCUGAUCAACGCCGAGGGUGCGGGCGCCGACCUGUUCUCCAUCCAGGUCCAGGGAGCCAACCUGCCCAUUGCCAAGCUCGAGGUCUCGAUUGACGGCGGCAGCUCCUGGACCGAGACGAAGCGCAGCGAGUCCAACUUCUUCGAGCACAGCUCUGGCUUCGGCGUCGACCUGGUCGACAUUCGCGUCACGGCGUCGUCGGGCAAGACGGUCACGCAGAAGAACGUGUCGUGCGGCUCGGGCCUGUCGAUUGAUGCCGAGCUCAACUUCUAA